AUGAUUGGCGUUUCGCAUUUAAGUGAUAGGCUAUCGAGAGAGGUCCGUGUGUUGAAUCAUCCUGUCCGAGAGAACGCCAAGAAUGGGGAAAAUGUAACUUUUGAAAAUAAUUCGGCGCAUUCGAAAAGUGUAUUUGAGAGUCGUCCAUUUAGUCCCAGAAAUAAGGAAGGCGAAUGGGUAAAAGUGAUCGACUCUCCGCCUCCCGUACCGCCACGCAUACGACAAACUCAACGCGAAGCAUCUGGUUUGAGUCGAUGGCCAUCUGAUUCUGAUUUGCUGCGAAACACUUACCCCAUGGUACAAGAUAUCCCGGUAAACAAUCAAGUGGCACCAAGCCAAGCGGCAACUAUCAGUCUUCGUGGUGGUGUUCGUGCUCCUAGGUUGCACAGUGACCAAGGACAACCACCGAACUUCACAGUAAACUCAGUGAAUCGCAGUCAUGGUGAACCUCAGCCAAUUGGUCAACCUCCUCCUGAAUCUGUCGAAUUCUCCCAGUGGGAUGGCACGCUGCGUUCACCCGGUUCUACUGAAAUAUCUCAGGUUCAGCGUGCGGUAUAUUCACGACCGACCCAUGGAGGUUCUAUACCCGAAAGCUCUAGAUCUUACAAGCGAUUGAGUAAUGUAUCCGCUGUCGUACCUUUGUCCGGUUUGUCUCCAUUCGGUACUGGGUUCACACGUGCUUCCCUUUCUACUACUGGUCAUGGCGCGAGCCACGACCAUCCUAAUUUCCCUACAUCUGGCGAGAGUGUGAUAAGUCAUCGUACCACAAUCAACGGUGCCACGCUUUCUUUCCAUCACAUUCGAUACGAAGUGAAAAUGAAAAAGAUGCCUUGGAGCCGUGCGGUUACCCGAACAGUUCUAGAUGACGUAAGCGGCAUCUUGCGACCGGGAGUGAACGCAAUCAUGGGCCCAACCGGCAGCGGAAAAUCUUCUUUACUUGACGUCUUAGCAGGACGAAAAGACCCCCGGUUUCUUUCCGGUCAGGUUCUGGUAGACGGAGCACCGCAGCCGAAGAAUUUCAAAUGUGUAUCCGGUUACGUAGUCCAAGAUGACAUUGUCAUGGGAACCCUCACUGUCCGGGAGAAUUUAUAUUUUUCGGCUGCGCUGCGUAUGACGUUGAAAUGCUCGAAAGCAGAACGGAAACAAAAAGUGAAUGAAAUAAUCGAAGAAUUGGGACUUGCUGCGGUCGCGGACAGUAAAAUUGGCACAGACUUGAUUCGAGGAGUCUCUGGAGGUGAACGAAAACGGACGAAUAUCGGGAUGGAGCUGAUCACCGAUCCAUCUGUUUUAUUCCUUGAUGAACCAACCACAGGAUUGGAUGCGUUUAUGGCCGGCCAGGUGGUGAAAACUUUGAAAACCCUGUCGCGCCGAGGAAGAACUAUCAUAUUUUCAAUCCACCAGCCUAAGUAUUCGAUCUACAAAUUGUUCGACUCACUCACUUUGGUCUAUCGGGGACGUUUGGUGUACCACGGCCCGGCUAGACAUCAUCCCAUCAGAUAUUUUAUUAAUCUAGGUUACGAGUGCGAAAAUCACAACAAUCCUCCAGAUUUCUUUAUGGAUAUUUUGCAUGGUGAGGCCCCGCAACGUGCGAUGGAUGGUGUAGAUCUCAACCAUAUCAUAGAAGAACCAGAACAAAUGCAUCUUGUUGGUGAACGUUUGGUUCGAGAAUGGGACCAGUCUGCAGAAUGUCAAAGUGUCCUGAAGGAAGCGAACGCGAUUGCUAGCGGUCUUUCCGAAAGCAGUAACAAUUUGCACAAACCAAAAAGGCGGAAAAAUGCAUCGGAGAUUAGCUACGCCGUCCCGUUCUGCAGGCAAUUAAAUCAAGUUUGCUGGCGUACAUCCGUUAAUUUGUUGCGCGACCCUUUGGCAUCGAUUGUACAAACGGUGGUCUACCUGUUUUUCGCUAUUUCCAUGGGAACCGUUUAUUUCAAAAUGAAUAAAUCUCUGGAAUCCGGUAUACAAAAUCGUGCUGGCCUGUUCUUCUUUUCAACGCUCCAAGUUGUAUUCGUUAACCUCGGUUCCAUCGAGCUGUUUAUUAAGGAGCGCGUGUUGUUCAUACAUGAAAACUCAAGCGGGUACUAUCGAGUAUCGGUCUAUUUCUUCUCGAAAAUUAUGUGCGACAUACUUCCGACCAAAGUGCUUCCCGUCUUGGUAUUCAUGCCUAUAUGUUACUGGAUGGCCGGACUGCGCACGGAUGCCGCAGCAUUCUUCUUUUUCGAACUGAUCCUCAGUUUGACUACUCUGGCCGCGGCUGCAAUCGCUUUGUUCAUCUCAGCCACCUUCACCCUGUUCGGUAUCGCGAAUGUGGUGGUCUCGAUCGUUUAUGUCUUUAUGAUGGUAUUUGGUGGUUAUCUAAUCAACUUGAAAUCUAUGGGAGCCUGGCUCAGCUGGUUGCGUUACUUAUCCAUCUUCCGCUAUAGUCUCGGUGGCCUGAUGGUUAUGGAGAUGAACCCCCUCCAGUUCUGUCCUGCCACAAACACAUCAACGCCACAACUGCCAGACACACGUCAAUGCCAACCGGGGACGCAAUAUUUGUACGAUCAAGAUAUCGGAUAUGAAACACCGUGGGAUUUGUGGAUGAAUGUUUUUGGACAAAUAAUGAUCACUCUAGGUUUCUACGUUCUGUGUUAUAUUCAACUCCGUCGAAUUAAGAAAUACAAAUAA